AUGGGCAACAUGACCAGCGUUCGACCGGGGAGGCCCCCUUCGACAAAACAGGAGGAGUGGCUACCAAGAGAGAUGUUCAAGUUGUCGUGUGCCGUGAUGGGACCCUCUGGAGCGGGUAAAAGCACGGAGGCUUGCACGGACAGAGUAGAGGACGUCACCAUUGAUCUCGAAGAGUUCACAUUUGAAGGCCAUGGUCUCAUACUUGUUGAUACUCCGGGAUUCGAUGUCCCGCGAAAGCAUGGGAUAACAGAUAUCGACAUCCUAAAGCAAAUAUCGAGGUGGUUAGCCAAGUGCUACCGCAACCCGAGUAUGACGCUCGCAGGGAUCAUCUACGUCCACGACAUCACGGAUGACCGACUCGACUCGACUGCUCUCAGAAACCUGUCGUUAUUCCAUGAAAUUUGUGGUAGCGACGCUUUCAGUCAGGUUACCAUUCUUACCUCGAAAUGGCAACAAUUAGGGGAAGCGGUCAGGGGUCCUGCUGAAGACCGCGAAACGGAGCUCCUCAGCAACCCCCAGUGGAAAUCCAUGACCCAGCAUGGGGCGGAGGUCAACUCACUCCGAAGUGCAGAGAGUAACGCAGCUCGGGACGUUGUUAUUUCUCUUCUGAGUCGGCCUCAAGCUCGGGAGUACAGAAUGAAGCUUAAAAUCCAAGUAGAACUCAUAGACCAGAACCGAACCCUUCCUCAGACAGGGGCUGGACGACAGCUGAAAUCCAUACUCAAAAACACGGCUAAAAGGGAAAACAACAAUCCAGUUCUUAGACAGGCUCUAGCGCAAUUUAGAACGCCCUUUUCCGUCAGGUGGAAACAAUUCCUAGGAAUCUAUAGGUUCAAUGAGGAUGAGGCGUUCGGAAAGGAGACGGUUGUGCGGAGCUCCCCUUCGCCUAACGCCUAA